AUGCAGCUUUUGCACUGGCUGACAGAUGAAGAGUUAACGCCAAACACCAUCAGUUGCAACUCUGCGCUCAGUGCUUGUAGUGCAAGCGGGAAUUGGCAGAUUGCUCUGCACGUGCUCAGAGGCAUGAGCGAUGCAAAUGCUCAACCCGACCAAAUUAGCUGCAAUGCAGCUCUCAAUGCAUGUCGAACUGCAGGUGAGUGGCUACCAGCCUUGAGCUUAUUGCAGGAAAUGCCACGCAUGAGGGUGGCACCCGAUGAGAUCACGUACAACUGCGUCAUAAGCUCAUGUGAGAAGACAGCAAACUGGCGAGUCGCCUUAGAUUUACUUGGGGCAAUGCAAACCUCAGAAUUGCAGCUAGGCACCGUGGCUGCCAGCUCGGCGAUGAGCGCAUGCCGUGCAAGUGGGCGUUGGCAGGAUGCUCUUUGGUUGUCUCAAGUGAUGGCUGAUAGUUUCGUCCAAGCAGAUCAGAUCAGCAUGACCACCCUCAUUGGAGCUUGUGACAAUGGCGGGCGCUGGCCAGUUGCUCUUCACAUCUUCCAACAGCGAGACCUUCCAGAUUUCGACAUUGCGUUUGCCAGCGCUGCCAUCAAGGCUUGCUCGACGAGAGGCCAGUGGCUUGAAUCUUUCCAGCUCUUCCAGGACAUGUUGGACGCAAGCAGGAAACCUGAUCUUCUUUGCUACACAAUGCUUGUUCAUGGAUACGGAAAGGGCAGCCAGGUGAUGCUUGCAUCUGAGCUGUUGCAAGAGUUGCCAAAGCGCUCGCUGACCCCCGAUGCAGCUGUUUACAACUCGGUGAUCGGUGCCUGUGCAGGCCAGAGUUGGCAGCAAGCUUGUGCUUUACUUACUGAGAUGCAGCAAGCAAUCUGCCAGCCAAACAAGCUAACGUGGACGACCCUGUUGGCAGCAGUGCAAGAGGAAGGACAGUGGCAUGCGGCGAUUGAAAUCCUACGUCAGAUGGUGGCGGCUCAAACGGCCCCAGAUGCAGCGUCUUACCGAGGCGUCAUGGAGUCAAUCGCAACAAUCGCAACCUGGCCGCGAGCACCAUGUGAUGAUGCCAAGGAUCCCACAAGCGGAUGGCAACUUGCGGCACAGCUGAUUUCGGAUGCGUUUGAAGCUCAUUCAGUAGAUGCUGCUUUGGCCGAUGUGGCCAUGCGUGAGGUUUCGAUUGAAGCGGAUGGACUAGCUAGCCACGUAAUAGUUGGUGCCCUGAGCGAAAGUGUCGGGCUUGUUCCAAAGGUUACGGCCUUUAAUGGAGUUAUCCAUGCGGCUGAUAAGGCUGGAGAGUGGAAGCUUGCAGCCCAUGUGUUGGCGGCCAUGCCGCAGACCAGUGUGAACAGCCCAACAAAAGUUGGGCAGCUUGUGUACCAGAUUUGCAAAAACGGAGUCAGUGCCUUGGAUGACCUGCCAGCACUGACGACGGCAGAGGCCUCGCAAGUGGUCUGGCGCUUGGCGAAGCUUUCGAGAUUGGGCUUGCCUUCAUCCUUGGCAUCGUCUCCUCUGCACGCGGCUGCGAUUGCAGAGGCGGUGGUGGCGGCCGAGGGCGCCGACGCAUUUGACUUGCAGGAACUGAGCGCAGUGCUUUGGUCGCUUGCCCGCCUUGGUGUUUUGGAUGCAUCACUGGUGCUGAAGUUGAGCCAAAGAUGCACCAGACAGAUGGCCAUUGGAGGAGCACGGGGUCUCAAUAUCCGAAGCAUGGCAAAUUUGGCAUGGGCCUUGUCAUCAUUGCCUGGUACAGAUGCAGCUGGCACCUUUGGCCAACUUCAGAAUGAACUUGCUCAUCGAGCCGUUCACCUGCCGACUGAAUCCAUGUCGCAGGCGUCAUGGAUAGAGUUUGCCACAGCGGCAUUUGCCAUCCUCUAUGCUGCAGAUUUUGCAGGCCAGCUAUUGCCAAAUGCUGCUCGCGCCGUACGGUCAGUGCUUGUCGGCCAUGGACGACUCCUACCACUCGAGGAUCCCUGGGUUGACAGGAUUGACCAGGGGCGCGAGCCUUGGGAGCCUUGGGCACAGGAGGCUUCAGGCAUCCUGCUGAUCCGGAAGCCGCCCCACUGGCAGGUGGAUGAGCGAGAUGCAAUUCACGAUGCGGAGCAGUUCUCGGACGAUCGUGGACUGCUCUCUGGCUUCGUGCAGUCGGUCCGGCCAAGCCGCCAGCGGCCCAUCCUGGGGCGGCCCGACCACCAGCGAGGAUUCCUGCAUCGCCUCGAUGUGCCCAGCUCGGGCUUGAUUCUGACGGCCACCUCUUUCGAAACGUUCUACGAUCUUAAGUUCCAGCUGGCUACUGGGCUGUUGACCCGGGCAUACAUAAUCUUGUGCCACGGGCUGUUGAACUUCUCCAGAACCAGAAUUCGUUCUCCCAUAAACUGGUUAUCUUAUGGCCCGGAGUCAAACAGACGGAGCUUGGUGCAAGACAGCGGAAGGCCUUCACAGACUCGUACGAAAUCGCUAGCUCGAGCAUUCCACGGCCAGAGGGCUUUCACCUUGGUUCGCGUGCAGAUUAUGACUGGCCGACGACACCAAAUACGGGUUCACAGCUGCUACAUUGGGCACCCCACGCUGACAGAUGGGAAGUACACGUCUAGAAGCACUUACGCUGAGGACACCGAUUGGUGUCCAAGAAACUUCUUGCACCGGCACAAGCUUGUUUUUGAAGUUGCCGGCAGCGAGUUCCAGGCUACCGAGGACCUCGGCACAAGUUGA